AUAGUUUAUCGUUGUCUUCUAGGCUGUCCGCUUCGGGUGACUGUUAGUGUAGAAGAUUUGCCCCAAAUAUAAGAUACCAAUUAAUAAGAAGUGAAAUAGUUUUAUCGGAAGUCAUCAAUGUAAAUUAAAUACUUUAAUGCUAUCACCGUGAAUUGGAUAACAACUAAAAACCAUCAACAUGACGGUCAUCCCGGCGGAAGGCGAAACAAAAGAAGUGGUCAUAGAAAAAGGUCCCAAAGAGUCAUUUGGAAUCUGCAUUGUUAGAGGUGAAGUCAAAGGUUCGAAACUUACUGGAAUAUUCAUAAAAGACAUUAUAUCCGGAACACCUGCCCACCGAUGUGGAGAUCUAAAAGUUGGCGACAGAAUACUCUCAAUCAAUGACAACGACGUCCGACAUGCUACAGAACAGGUUUUCAUUUCAUUUAUCAAAGAUGCCGGCCUCAAGAUCAACCUCAAAAUUGAAAGAAUCGAUCAACCAACUACCAAGACUUCAAACGAUUCAGCCCCUACCGAAAAUGGAUUCGCAUUCACAAAUGGUGAAACCCCGACAAAUAAUUCAUCAGCCGCCCCGGGAAGCGAUGAGAGUGACGAUGAGGAUACUCGCGACAUGACAGGAAGAACUAUGUCAGCUGCAGGAUACGAAAUCGAUCGAGCUUCAGCAGGAAAUGUUAAAUUCAGUAACGCGGAAAAAGCCGCAGAUACGGAGCAAGAAGAUGAGUUCGGUUACACAGCAAAGAAAAUAAGGAAGAGGUAUGGAGCUCUUGGCAAAGUUAUUAGAACGCAUGCCAUGCGCCCUCCAAACACAGACCUUGGCAUAGCUCUGGCUGGCCACAAAGAUCGGAAAAAAAUGGCUUGCUUGAUCGCAGGUGUGAACCCCAAUGGUAUCGCGAAAGGAGCUGAUUUGAAACCAGGAGACGAGGUCCUUGAAGUUAAUGGUUACGUACUGCAGGAACGGUGCCAUCUGAACGCAUCUGGAGUCUUCAAGAAGCUUACAACAGAAAAAAUUGUUUUCAUUGUUCUCAGACGAGAACCAAAAAACAACGUGCUCGCCGUCCCACCAGUCACACACUUUCCUCCUGAGAUUGACGAAACUGAAAACCUGUUCCAGACAUACAAAAAUUGCAAAGCAGUUCAAGUCCAAAAGGCCGGCAGCAGCCUCGGGAUCAUGAUUAUUGAAGGCAAGCACGCGGAAGUUGGUGCUGGAAUUUUCAUCUCGGAUAUACAAGCGGGUUCCAAUGCUGAACUUGCUGGACUUCGGGUAGGAGAUAUGAUUUUAGCAGUGAACAAGGACGUUGUUGUGGACAGCAAGUAUGACGAUGUCGCGGCACUCCUCAAACGAGCCCAGGGAGUAGUUAACUUAGUAAUCUGCUGUCUAAAGACUGAAGAAGAAAUCAAGAAAGAGGAGGAGAAAAAGAAGCAGGAGGAGGAAGAGAAGAGAAAGAAAAGGGAGCGUGAGGAAGAGGAAAGGAAAAAACCGGUUGAUCCUGCUACAGCAGUAAUCGAGCCAAACAAGAAAACUCUGAUUGAAAUUAAGCCAGAGAAAAAACCUUUAGGAUGUAUGGUCGUUGGUGGCAAGAAUAACUACGUUACAACAGGUUGUGUCAUUACAAAUAUCUACGCCGAUGGAGUUUUUGCGAAUGACAAACGUCUGCAAGUGUUCGAUCAAAUCCUUGAUCUUAAUGGGGAUCCGGUAAAGGCAUCUGAAAUGACCACCCUCAAAGUUUAUCAACUCUUCCACUUACCCUACGAAAAACUCACAUUAACAGUUUGGCGUAACGACCCGCCAGAAAUUGAAACUCUUUCCAUAGAUGUGAAUAAAAAAUCUGGCAAGGACCUUGGCUUGGCACUUGUGGAGAACCCUAAGGGGGUGAUGAUUUCAGAAAUUAUAUCCGCCGGCUGUGCAGACAUUGAAGGGAAGAUGCAACGCGGCGACAUAAUAUCAAAAAUAAACGGCGAAAGUUUGGAGAACACGCCCCUGGCAAUUUCCAAUGCUUUUUUCCGACAAGCAACUGGGAAGAUCAAUUUCGAAGUCAUACGGCCGAAACCCACUGCUAGGAACUAAUAAAGUCAACAUGUAAUCCGUUGAAUUGAUUUUUGGAUAAGUUAAGAAAACGCCAAAAUAAAAAAAGAAAUAUAUUUUCAACCAGUGGAUACUGGAAAAGCGCA